UUCACAUCCACCCACUCCGACGAAUCUCUUUCACUUCCUCACGUCCUUUUCACCGCGUCCUUUUCACUGCAUCCUGGGGGAUGGGAGAAUAUCAGAGAAGCUGAACGAUUCUCACCCCCCUGCUCGCUUCAUGUUAUACCACGUCCGGUGAUGACGUCCGCUGGCUUUGCGCGAUACCGCCCACCUGCCCCUCCUCGACUGCCCACACCCCCCCGUAACCAGCUCUGGGAGACGGUCUGAGCUGCCCCCAAAAUGUUCGAGAAAUCCCUCUACGACCUCAUCCGCGGCCUGCGCAACCACAAAGGCACCGAGAAAGAAUACAUCGCCUCGUCAAUCAAAGAAUGUCGCCAGGAAAUCCGCACAAACGACAUGGACCUCAAAUCUACGGCGCUCAUGAAACUCACCUACCUCGAGAUGUUCGGGCAUGACAUGUCCUGGGCCUCGUUCAAUGUGCUGGAGGUCAUGUCUAGCCCAAAGUACCGGCACAAGAGGACCGGGUAUUUGGCUGCGGUCCAGAGCUUUAGGAGGGACACCGAGGUGCUGAUGUUGGCCGAGAACCAGCUCAAGAAGGAUAUUACGAGUCCUACGCCUACGGUUAUUAGUUUGCCGCUGGGUGCCAUCCCGCAUGUUGUGAACCCGAGUAUGGCAAAUUCGAUCCUGGGUGAUUUGCUGCCGAGGCUGACGCACAGCCAUGCCGUGAUUCGGAAGAAGACGGUCGUGACGCUGUAUAGGCUCGCGCUGGUGUAUCCGGAGACCUUGCGGCCUGCCUGGCCGAAGAUUAAAGAGAGGUUGCUGGAUGAUGGCGAGGACCCCAGUGUGACGGCUGCUAUCGUGAAUGUGGUCUGUGAGCUGGGGUGGAGGAGGCCGCAGGACUUUCUGCCGUUGGCGCCUAGGCUCUUUGAUUUGUUAGUCGAGGGCGGAAAUAAUUGGAUGGCGAUUAAGCUCAUCAAGCUUUUUGCUACCUUGACUCCCCUCGAGCCUCGACUGAUCAAGAAACUCCUUCCACCUCUAACCAGAAUUAUUCGAGAAACGUCAGCCAUGUCAUUGCUGUACGAGUGCAUCAACGGCAUCAUCCAAGGUGGUAUCCUGGCCGCUGUCGAGGACACAGCAGAAGGGGAAGAGGUGGCCAGACUAUGCGUCGGCAAGCUCAGGGGCAUGAUGAUAGAAGGCGAUGCGAACUUAAAAUAUGUCGCCCUGCUUGCCUUCGACAAGAUCGUGCGAUCGCAUCCACAUCUCGUGUCUCAGCAGCAAGAUGUCAUUCUCGAGUGCAUCGAUGAUGCGGAUAUUUCGAUACGCAUGUGCGCGCUAGAUCUAGUAGUGGACAUGGUGAAUGCUGAUAAUCUGACUGCAAUUGUUGGGCGACUCAUGCGCCAGUUGCGGAAUGCGCCUGUGGCAUCGUCGUCGGACGAUCCUGCCAACGAUCGGGGACCAGCUGCUGGUGUUGUUCCAUACGCCGAAUCAGACGACUCGGAUGCGGAAGAAUCGUUGCGAGCUGCGGAGCAGACAUCGAACCAGCCACCGCCUCUUCCCGAAGAUUACCGCGUCAGUGUCAUACGCAGGACACUCGAAAUAUGUUCUCGCGAUACCUACGCUAACAUCACCGACUUCGAGUGGUACAUAGACGUUCUAGUCCAGCUCGUCCGAGUCUCCCCAGCCACCAAAACCACAUCUACAGUCGACUCAAACGAUGACGAUGCCCACUCCUCCGACGUCGGCCGCGGCAUUGGUCGCGAACUCCAAAACGUGGCCAUCCGCGUGCGAAGCGUGCGUUCUGAAGCCGUCGAAGCUGCACAAUCCCUCAUCGCCAUCGACCGCCGAGACCAUAUGUUCCCCGCCUCCGGCAACGGCGGACAAUCCGUGCUCGAAUACGCGGGUUGGCUGGUCGGGGAAUACGCUACCCUUCUCACGCGUCCGGAGGUGGUCAUGACGUCUCUUCUGCAUCCAACGAGUGUGCAACUCCCGGCGAGGAUACUUGCCGUGUAUAUCCAGGCUAUACCGAAAGUAUUUGCGAGUCUCAGCGGCAACGAGCAAAUUUCUUGGACCCCAGAACGCAAAACACUAAUCACGUUGCUCAUGUCACGCAUCAUCCACUUCCUAGCCCCACUAUCUAUGCAUCCGGAUCUCGAGGUCCAGGAACGUGCGGUCGAGUUCUUGGAACUCUUGCGUUUGGCUGCCGAAGCUGCGGCUGGCACACCUACCUCCAACCCCGAAUCCUCAAGCUCUUCUGAGUUCGUAGACCCUCCGCUGCUGCUAACGCAAGCGAUUCCUGCGCUCUUUAUUGGUGCGGACUUGAAUCCUGUGGCACCUGGUGCACAGAGGAAGGUGCCGGUGCCGGAAGGGUUGGAUCUAGAUGCGCCGAUAAAUCCGCAUUUAGCAAGCCUGCUGACACAGGCGGAGGUGGAGGUGUGGGGGGAAGGGGACGGGGAGGAGGAGGAAGGGGAUGGGGUGUGGGCUGCGUAUAGUGAACCCCCAAGCUCAACAUCAGCGUCAUAUGAUACCGCAACUCUCACGGCGGCUGAGCGCCUCGAUGCUAGCGCAAAUGCCCUCGCAACUGCUAAGGAACAAUCGCAAUCGCACUCGAGCUACCAAAACGCCGCGGUAGAAGAAGAAUACCUCGAUCCUGAUAUCAUCGCGCGCCGGAAACAGGAACGGAGAGAGCGGUAUAAAGACGAUCCUUUCUACAUCGAUGCUGAGAAACUUGGGGGUUUGGGGCAAGGGCAGGGGAGUGGAGCUGUUACGCCGCUUGGGAGGAUUGUGAGAGCGGGGGGUGAGGAGUUGGAUAUUGAUGCUAUUCCGAUUAUGGAUUUAGGGGUCGAGCUGGAGGGGAUGCAGGGAGGGAUUGGAGGGGGAGGGGGGUUGGGGAUGGGGAGAGCAAGGAGUCCGAGGAAGAUGAAGAAAAGAGUUGAGAUUAUUGGGGAUGAGACACUGGGUCCAGAGAUGGACGACCAAGCCACUUCUGCCACUGACACCUCGAGAGAUGACAUCGUCCCGCCACCCUUAUCUAAGGCUAAGAAAUCCCUCCUCCAAGUCGACUCCUCCGCCCUCGGAUUGCUGUCUCUCAACGACACCGAUGACGACAGCACCUCUCAUCGCCAAAUUUCGAGGCUGGAAGUCGAAAGGAAGCAACAAGAGGAUGCAGAGAUAAAGAAAGCAUUAAUGGAGGUGGAGAAAUUGAGAUUGGAGAUGCAGCGGGCGAGCGAGAGGCUGGAGGCGAGGGGGGAGGUGGUUGUGAGGAAGAAAAAGAAGAAGACUGUUAGGAGGGUGGGUGGUGAGGACAUGGAAGAUGGAGGUGGGAUGGGGGAUGCACAGGGUAAUCGGGGAGGCGAGGGGGAAGGGGGAGAAGGAACAGUAGUAAAGAAGAAGAAAAAGAAGAAGAAGGUCAAGGGCGAGGGGGAGGGGGAGGGGGAGGGGGAGAGGGGUGGUGUGGAAGGGGGUCUGGGGGAUAAGGAUGAGGAUACGAUUGCGGAAGGUGUGGUCAAGAAAAAGAAGAAGAAGAAGAGGCUGGUUGUUUUGGAUGAGUGAGAUUUAGGUCGGGCUCCUUUUCGAAACAACACGAAAAUGGAUGUUCGAGGGGCUGCCUCGGGUUGGGGAAUUGGAUCGCUGCCGAGGUCUGACUCUCAAGCGAAAGUAUUAUCUGUAAUGAUUCCCCUGAUAGACAAAGAUAUUAACGAUACUGUCCCCAGCGAAAAUACGAACGUCACUGUCGACGGAUCCAAUGGAUG